AUGCCCGGUCGUUUCUCCAUCUCAAAGGUCGUCCUGGUGGGGAAAGGAUAUGUCGGCGGUUACGUGUAUGCAGCCCUGGUGGACGCCGGCUUCCAAGUGACGGUGCUCUCUCGGUCAAACCCCAAGGGGGACCACCACGUCAAGAUUGUAGACUACAGCUCGACAGAGUCCAUCAGACGUGCGAUACAAGACCACGACGCCGUCGUGUGCACCAUAUCCCACACGGCCUGGGAGCACCAGUACAGGCUCAUCGACGCCGCCGUCGAGGCGGGCACGGUGAAGCACUUCAUCCCGAGCGACUUCACGGCGCUGUCGUGCAACGCUGCCGUCCACCACCUGCCGUACUACCGCGAGGCGGCCGCGAUGCAAAACUACCUCGCGCAAAAGGCCGACGGCGCGGGGAUGCGCUGGAACGUGAUCCAGAGCGGGCCCAUCAUCGGCUGCGUGCUGAACGGGUCGUACUCGUACGACUUUCGGGAGCGCACCGCGCUGCUGGUCGGCGACCGGAGCAUCCGCGAGCACGAGGUCAGCAUGUCGCGGGGCGUCACCGUCGGACGCGCCGUCGCCGCCAUCCUCGGCAGGGGCGGGGACUCGAAAAACGGACCCGUCUACAUCGGCGACGUCGUCACGACGCAGGGGGAGAUCUUGAGACUGGCCGAGGAAAAGUCGGGAGCCGAGUGGGCCGUCAGGGAGGUGGACCCGGAGGCGAAGCUCAAAGAAGCCUUGUCGAUGAGCGAGGUCGCGGCCGCGGAGGGGAAGCCGACACCCAUGUUUGCUACGUUUCUCGUCAUCCACAAUACCAUUUUUGGUGCCAAGUACCGGACGGCCUGGGAUGGAAGGGACAUCGAGGAGCUCGGGAUCCCGACGUUGACGCGGGAGGAGUGGGGCCGCAUGGUUGCGACGAGGGUUUGCAACGAGCCCGUGGAUGGAGGAUUGCCGUGGAAUUCGAGCUCAAAGCCGAGAGACUAG